GGUGACAAAAGGUUUUGGAUCAACUCUGACCACUGCCAACCCCGCCUACUCUAUCUACGAAUGCCACACAUCGACAGUCGGAAAACUCCCUAAAACGAAACAGUCAACACUUGGCUGCUUCUUGUCAAAAUCUAACCACGGGAAACGUAGCUAGCAAGGAAAAUAUUAAUUUGUUUACCAUUCCUCUGUAUGGAUAAGUAAUUUACCAGCUUUUUGAGCACAAAUUGUAAUCUAUAACUAAACAUGGAUUUCAACGUCAAAAGGUUAGCAGCAGACGCCGGUACUUUAUUCAGUCGUGCGGUUCAAUUUACAGAGGAAAAACUUGGGCAAGCUGAGAAGACUGAGUUGGAUGCUCACCUGGAGAACCUUCUGUGCAGAGCAGAAUGCACCAAGCAAAACACAGAAAGAAUCAUGAAGCAGACAGAGGUUCUACUACAACCAAACCCAAAUGUCAGAAUAGAGGAAUUUCUGUACGAGAAACUGGAGAAGAAAGUCCCCACGCGGAUGAACAACCACGAGGUGCUUGGCCUGUCCAUGAUCGAGUCGGGGAGUGAGUUUGGCCCUGGAACGGCCUAUGGAAACGCACUUAUUAAAUGUGGCGAGACGGAGAAGCAGAUUGGAGGAGCGGAGAGAGAGUUCAUCCAGAGCUCAGCCAUCAACUUCCUCACACCAUUCAGGAACUUUCUAGAAGGAGAUUUCAAAACCAUCCUGAAAGAACGGAAGCUUUUGCAGGUGAAGCGUUUGGAUCUGGACGCUGCAAAAACCAGGCUAAAGAAAGCCAGAGUUCCUGACGCUAGAGCAGUGGCAGAGCAGGACCUAAGGAUGACCCAGAGUGAGUUUGAUCGACAGGCUGAGAUCACCAGGCUGCUCCUGGAGGGGGUCAGCAGCACCCAUGCACACCACCUCCGCUGUCUGACUGACUUUGUGGAGGCCCAGACUACAUACUAUGCCCAGUCUUACCAGUACAUGGUUGACCUCCAGAAGCAACUGGGGAGCUUCCCGUCUACGUUCUCCUCCAACAACAACCAGUCGUCUAGUAGUUCCGGUGGGGCCAGUAUCUCAGUACCCACCAUCCCCUUGUCUGCCUCCAUGCUCAGCCCCUCUCCCGGCCUGGGCUUGUCAGGCUUCCAUGAGCUCCGGAACUCCAGCGGCAGCCGUAAAGCCCGCGUUCUCUAUGACUACGAUGCUGCUGGCAGCAGUGAACUCUCCCUGCUCGCUGAUGAGGUCAUCAUGGUGAGCAGUGUCCCAGGCAUGGACUCUGAUUGGCUGAUGGGUGAGCGGGGUACCCAGAAGGGUAAAGUGCCCAUCACCUAUCUGGAGCUGUUGAACUGAUCGGAGCGGAGUGAUGCCUGUAUGUGGAGAGACUCAAGAGAGUCCAGACGGCUGGGCCCGUAUUCAUAAUGCAUCUCAGAGUAGGUCCUAGGAUCAGAUUUACAGUUUAGAUUAUAACUAUAUGGACAGGCGGGAUCUGAUUACCUGAUCCUAGUUCAGCAGUCAUACUCUGAGACGCUUUGUUGAUACAGGCACCAGGAUCCAGAGGAAAGCAACAAGCAAGCCCAGUGUAGUAGAGCAAGGUUUCCCUAUUUAUACUGUCUACCACGGGAUAUGGUCUGCUCCAUGCUAAUUCUGUCAAUUCAUCAGGAGAAUUGUAAGUCGAUGGAAAACAGUGACAAAGACAUUGUGAUUUGAAAUUCGUCAAAGGAAUUGGAUGGAUUGAAUUGGAACUGACCCUAUCCCUGCCGUGCCAUGUAUGCAACUAUGUUUAUACAAGCCGCUUCAAUGUUUUUCGCUCAAUGCAAUCUUAAUUCAAUAUGUGCCAGACUUUCUCCACAACCUUUUUGUACAACCAAACCUUUUUGUUUAAAAUACAAUUCAGAUGUUGAUCUUAAAGUGCUUUUUGAUGUGAUUUUUUUCUUUUUCUACUCACUGCCAAUUAUAGUCCAGUUUGUAAUAUGGUUGAAAUGCUUAGGCAUGUCUUUUUUUGUAUUUUCAACGAGACAAAAAAGCACUUUAAUUUGCAUAGGACGACUUAAAAAUAAACCAAUCUUAACUUUGAAGUAUUAUUUUGUAGAUCAUAAUCAGGGGCGGCAGGUAGCCUAGUGGUUAGAACGUUGGGCUCGAAUCCCCGAGCUGACAAGGUAAAAAUCUGUCGUUCUGCCCCUGAACAAGGCAGUUAACCCACUGUUCCUAGGCUGUCAUUGUAAAUACGAAUUUGUUCUUAACUGACUUGCCUAGUUAAAUAAAGGUUAAAUAAAUAUUAGCUACUGGUUGCCUUUUGACAAUUGCACAGUGCCUUUUGUGGAACCUUAACCAUAACAACGGUCCAGGAAAAUUCCAUUAGAUUAGAAUGGGUAAGGUCUUACUGUAAGUUACAUUAAGGAUUGUCUGGCACGGCUAGGAGAGACAUGUGCCUCUGAUUUACGUUCUCAAUCUGACGGAGGUGUCUGGAGAGCUGUAUCUCUGAUGUAAGGGUGGGUUUAACAUUAGUUAUCCCUGUUGAGACCCUGUUCAUAUAUAUAUAUAUAAAUGCCAUAACUGUAGCUACCCAGUAAAGUAUUUGUUAAUAAGAAAUCAUUUCAAAUAAUCUUUCUUAAUAUUGUCUAAGAAUUAGGGACCAACAUUUUCACAGUCGGCAACGUAAUUUUAGGAAAGCAUAUUUUGACUUUAGGUAAGGCUUUUUAUUUCAUUCAUUCAGUAGUAGCAACUCUCAAGCAGCUUCAGGUAUUCUCUUACUGCUUCUGAUUUGAUUUUACAAUAUGGUUAAAUAGUCUGUUUUAAUAUGGGCUGUCCUCAUUGCUCAACGGUGUGUGGCUAGGCUUUGUUUACUUUGAUGGGCAACAGUGCCUUAAUGGAAAGCAAGAGGUGGUCUUCAUUUUUUCAGUACUAACAUGUAGUGUGUAACCAACCUGACCCCCCCCCCCCCCCCCCCCCCCCCCAUGCGAGCACAGACCCCAAUGGAGGCUGCUGAGGGGAGAACGACUCUUAAUAAUGGCCGGAAGGGAGCAAAUGGAAUGGCAUCAAACACACAGAAACCAUGUGUUUGACACAAUUCCGCUCCAGCUAUUACCACAAACCCGUCCUCCCCAAUUAAGGUGCCACCAACCCCAAACACACUAGUUCAUUGGGGGGGUUAAAUUAUAUAAUGGCUUAUUGCUGCCCUUUUUAAAAAAAAACUGUAAUCAUAGAAUUGUAAAGAAUAUAUGCAGUUUGGUAUUAAAGUAACAAUGUAUUGCUU